UUCGAUCGAAUGGGACCCUUCCCAGUCGCGGGCACUUGUCAGGCUUCCUCAAAACACGCGACGACCACACACCGAAGAACCUAACCAACCACGCCAGUUCUCUGAUUGAAGCCAUUCGAUCCUCUUUCCGCACAAAGAUAUCAACAACGUAACCGCCUAUCACAAUGGCCGACGCAAAGAGCACCUCACCCGCCCCUCGCGAGAAGUUGGAAGCGCAGGUCAAGAGCGCCGACAUGACCGACGAUAUGCAACAGGAGUCUAUCGAAGUUGCCCAGGAGGCCAUGGCCAAGUUCACCAUUGAGAAGGACAUCGCCCAGCACAUCAAGCGAACCUUCGACGAGCGGAAGGGUCCUACAUGGCACUGCAUUGUCGGUCGCAACUUUGGCAGCUUCGUAACCCAUGAAACUAAGCACUUCAUCUACUUUUACCUCGGCCAUUGCGCGAUUCUGCUUUUCAAGACCCAAUAGGCGGCAAUAUAACGAAGCGACAAGCCGAAAGAACAACAACCAGCCGACUACCGCUGUCCAGAGAGUGGCGAACCCGAACCCCCAAAACGACACGUCUCAGUUAUGAUGUACAGAACAUAGGCUUACGGGGAAAUGGCUAUCUAUCACUACGGGCCAGUCUGAUAUGGGAUAAUGGAAUAUAUGAACUUAAAACGGCGUGGGCAGCGGGUUCCUUAACUGUUGAUUGACAGAGGGAGAGAGAGAAGGUGCUAAAUUCAGAAAGGGAUCGAAACGAACACCACGUUCGGCACUUAGACCAACUUUGAGCUUUUGUUUGGUGGCGUUCUUAGCCCUGUUAUCGGUCAACACGAUUCUGUUAUUGUUGCAUACGGCCCGAUUCUUGCUGAAUCACCGUCCCCGUUAUCCUGAGCUGGCCUUGUCAUCAAUAACCACCAACAAACAAUUUUGGUCCCGAGCUAGAGAUUUUGCCUCGCACCUAGACAAACGACAGAACGAUGGCCGCCUAGGGUGUAUAUGUCGGCUAUCUCACAUAUCGAGGCGCAGCACAGUAGUUGGUGCUGGAAUAGGCGUGACGGAACGACGAAACGACAUGAUUUUCAUAACAAGGUAGUUUCCACUGUGCCUUGACAUCCCCGGAUCGAAUCAUCCUUUGAAGAAGCAAUAGAGUCGACGGAAGAUCCCU